CACGACGGCAGCCAUGUUAGAUUAGCUUGGUCGAAGAUUUGAUUCAUUGUUUUUAGAGCUUUGAAUAUGUCUUACAACGCUGAAAAACCGGAAGGGGACUCAGAUGUCCCUGAUACAAGAGCUGGUGGAUUUUUUUCUAGUGAUUUUCAAAGACACGAUGAUUUGAAAAAUAUGUUAGACAGUACAAAGGAUAGUCUUAAACUGGACGCGAUGAAAAGGAUUGUUGGGAUGAUGGCUGAUGGGAGAGAUGUAUCAGACCUUUUUGCUGCAGUGGUUAAGAAUGUUGUCUCUAAAAAUGUUGAAGUCAAAAAGCUGGUUUACUUGUACCUCGUCAGAUAUGCUGAAGAACAACAAGACUUAGCUCUCCUCUCUAUAAGCACAUUUCAGAAAGGACUGAAGGAUCCAAACCAACUUAUCCGUGGAAGUGCUUUACGGGUUUUGUCAAGUAUCAGAGUUCCUGUUAUUGCACCAAUCAUGAUGCUAGCAAUAAAAGAAGGAGUUGCAGAUAUGUCACCUUAUGUUCGGAAAACUGCUGCUCAUGCCAUUCCCAAACUUUACAGUUUGGAUCCUGAACAAAAAGACUGUCUUAUUGAAGUUAUAGAGAAACUAUUGAAAGACAAGACAACGCUUGUUGCAGGCAGUGCUGUUAUGGCUUUUGAGGAUGUUUGCCCAGAGAGAAUAGAUUUGAUACACAAAAACUACCGCAAAUUGUGUAACUUGUUGAUAGACAUUGACGAGUGGGGUCAAGUUGCUGUCAUCCAUAUGCUCACAAGAUAUGCCCGAUCACAAUUUAUUGACCCAAACAAAGAGCCCUCAUCAGAGGAAGCCUUCUAUCCCCAAUCUGAUGAUUCUGAUGAUGAUUCUGAUGAUGAUGAAUCCAGAAAGGAACCAAAGAAGCAGACUUACAUGAUGGAUCCUGAUCAUCGCCUUCUGUUGAGGACAUGUAAGCCACUUCUUCAGAGCAGGAAUGCAGCAGUGGUGAUGGCAGUAGCAAGAGUGUAUCAUCAUUUAGCACCCACAAAUGAAGUUGGAAUUGUGGCACGUUCCUUAGUCAGACUCCUUAGAAGUCACAGGGAGGUCCAAAGUGUUGUCCUCAGUAAUAUUGCAACAAUGUCUUUCACAAGAAAGGGAAUGUUUGAGCCAUACCUGAAAGGAUUCUUUGUCCAUUCAAGUGAUCCAACACACAUCCGUUUAUUAAAGCUAGAAGUUAUGACAAAUAUUGCUGGAGAGACAAGUAUUGGCACAAUACUUAGAGAGUUCCAAAGCUAUAUAUCCAGUCCAGAUAAGCAGUUUGUAGCUUCAACAAUUCAAGCCAUUGGGCGAUGUGCCUCAAACAUUUCUGAAGUUACAGAGACUUGCUUAGCUGGCCUGGUGCGACUGCUUUCUAACAGAGAUGAGGUAGUGGUAGCAGAGAGUGUAGUGGUCAUCAAAAAACUUCUACAGCUUAAGCCUAAGGGGAAUUCAGAGAUCAUCAUGCAUAUGGCAAAAUUAGUAGAUACCAUCACGGUUCCAAUGGCCAGAGCAAGUAUUCUGUGGUUAUUAGGAGAAUAUUGUGAAAGAGUGCCAAAGGUAGCACCAGAUGUUUUGAGGAAAAUGGCAAAAAUAUUUGGAUCAGAGGAAGACAUUGUCAAGUUACAAAUUUUGAAUUUAGCUGCAAAGCUCUUCAUAACAAACCCUAAACAGACAAAACUUCUUGGUCAGUAUGUACUGAACCUUGCAAAAUAUGACCAGAGUUAUGAUGUCAGAGACCGAGCUAGGUUUCUACGGCAACUGCUUAUUCCAAGUGAUACGGGAGGUCAUCUAAGUAAACAUGUGAAGAAAAUUUUCUUGGCUUCAAAACCACCCCCAAUUAUACAAUCAGUGUUUAAAGAUCGCCAAGGGUUUCAGGUUGGCUCUUUGUCUCAUAUGAUGAACCUUAAAGCUAAUGGUUAUCAGGAAUUACCUCAGUUUCCAGAGGUUGCUCCAGAUCCUUCUGUCAGAAAUGUAGAAAUUGAGCCAGUAUGGGGAACAAGCUCUAGGAAGAAAACUGGUAAAGCAAAGAAAACUUCUUUUUACUCGGAGUCAGAGACAGAAUCAGGCUCAGAAUCAGAGAGUGACAGUGAGGAAGAGAGUGGAAGCAGCAGUGGUUCAGAAGAGGAUGAAGAUGAGGAUCAGAGCAAGACAGAAUCAGAGGCAUCUACUAAGGGUGAUAGUGAGGAGGAGAGUGAUGCAAGUGAAAGUGAGGAGAAGUCAUCUUCAGAGUCAGAGACAGAUGAAAGCAGUGAAAACAGCUCAGAUAUUUCAUCUGAAGAUGAGAAGAUUCCAGUAAAGAAACCUAAGACACCAGUUAAGAUUACCAAGCAAGAAAAAUCACCCCAAGGAAAACCAGCUUCAGACAAGGGCAACGCAUUAUUGAUUCUCGAUGACUUAAAUGAACCAGUGACUUCCAGUGUAGGUUCAAGUUCCAGUAACAUAAUGUCACCAAGUCUUGCUUCUGAGAUCGAAUCUUUAUCAUUUUCAAAUGAUGCACCUACUGUCGUUGCCCCACUUAGUCCAAGUUUUUCAUCUGCAAAAUCACACGAGCUUCUCCAUCGCAUGCAGGGCAAAGGACUCAGUGGCAGUUACAAAUUUACAAGAGGUCCUUGCAUUUACUCCACAUCCAUGGUAGCUGUGGAAGUAACACUGGUCAACAACUCUGAAGCUCCCAUUUCUAAUAUUUCUGUGGAAGAAAAGAAACUAGGAGCAGGAAUGAAAAUGCAUGACUUUCAACCAAUCACAUCACUUGCACCAGGUGCAACCAUUGCAGUGACUGUGGGAAUUGAUUUUAAUGAUACAACUCAGCCUGCCAGUUUUAAUUUGUGUACUCAAUCCAGUAAGUUUCCAGUUAGCAUCAAGGCACCUGUUGGUGAACUAUUACAAGGCUGCCCCAUGACUGAAGCUGACUUCUUGACCAAACAAGGUAAACUUCGAGGCUUAAAUGAGAGUUCUGGAACAGUAGAUAUACCUGGCAACCUUAAUUCUGAAGAAGUGGUAUGUUCAAAGGUGAAGGAGGCUGCUGCCAUCACCUACAUUGGAGCCACGCCCCUUUCUGAGGGGGCAUCAACAUACCGAUUUGCUGCUCGCACCAUCUCUGGAGGAACACAUAUUCUUGUGACAGUUAAAGUACCUGUUGAUGGAAAAAGCAGCUCCAUAACAGUGAAUUGCGAAAAGAUGGCAAUUAGCUCUAUGCUUGUCAAAGAAAUUAAACAAGCCUUGCAGUGAUGUCAGAAUUUCAGUCAUGUGACUGUCGUCAAACAUUUAUUGUGAAAGAAUGGACAAUAACUUUUCUCCACAUUACUAUAGAUCAUAUUUUUCCUCAUAGACACAAUAUCUAUCUUUCAAAUUAUGCAUGACAACUAUUUGAAUAAAAGUCCAAAAUACUCUGAGAUCACAUGAGAACUACAUGUAUUUUGAAAAUGGAAUGCUUUCCGUGGCCACCUAAGAAAAUUAAAAGGGUCUUAGAAUGUUCUGAAGGUCACAGGAAAUUAUGUUGUAGUUAGCAGAUGAGAACAAAGGUUGAAAACUCAGUUUGACAAUAAGCAAAGUUACUGGUAGACAUUCAUUAUGGGUAUUAUCUGCUGUUUCAUAACCAUGUGCAGUAUUGAUUGAUGAGUGAUUCUCUCAGUUUUGGAGUUAUAUUAAAUUCAGUCACCUCUCCAAAAACCUUCAAGAGUACCAUGAAUGUUAUGUUGCAUAUGGUUGGCCAAUUAUCAUAGAAAUCAGCCCUUAUAUGCUGUUAAUGUGGCAUGGAUUACUUCUCCUUCCUGGCAAUGAGAUAACCAAUAACAACAGUGUUUUACAGUUUUGUCUCUGUACCAUUUGAUAUCAUUGUAACAAUACAUAAUUGCCUCCCAAAUUUUGUUCAUCCAAGCCACCAGAACUCAUCAACUUUCUAAUUAGGGGUGAUAUCAUUCCCCACAUCUAAAUCUAUAUUAUACACUUUCAAGAAACUGGUUUUAAAAUCAAUAAGAUCUAUCUUGGAUUGAAAGUAACAAAAUGUUCUGUUAUGGAUUGACAAUAUCAAUCAAUUAACCCCUUUGCUGCCAAUCGUAAUGAGAAGUCUUGUGCCAACACAAAUUGACUCUUUUUUUCAGAAUUGGACACUAAAUCUGUUUUGCCAGAUGUGGAACUGGGCAUUAGUUCUUACCAGUCUUCUAAACUGUUUUUAGUCUUAGAUGCCAGGUUAUUUUACAUCUUCAGUGCUGGGGAUUUGACUGUUACUCUCUAACUUUCGACAUACUGAGUAUGUCAUGUAGCCACACAAACUUCAAAUUUAGUUACAUACUCAGUAUGUCAUGCAGGCAGUGAAGGGAUUAAUGGUUUUGGAUGAAUGCAAAGCACCAUCAUUUUCUGUUAGUUUCUCAGGGUAGAGACUUUAUUUGUUGCGAGAAAUGUUGUUGUCUUCAACUCAUUUCACUUCCUACAGAAACAACAGUCAUUUCAGCAGUUAAAUGAGUAAUUAGCCAGAAAUUCCUUCUUGAGUAGAAAGAGUUUUGUCUAACAAGCACAGCAAUACAGUAACUUAAUAAAUAAUCAAAACAA